AUGUCUAUGCUUCUCAUAGCAAAAAAACCGACGGUCUCCAAAAAACUGAAUAUCAGGAGGGAAAAUGUAACUGUAAGAUCUGAUAUAAAGUUAAGUCACCCUAACUAUAACGUCAAGGAUAAUGAGUCUCUUAAAUCUGGGUCUAGUAAUAUUACUCGCAUACCUACUGCAACAUCAAAAAGCUCAUCUAACUCCGGCAGAAGGAAAGUAUAUGAUGUCAAUAAAUCUGGUUACGUUUGGAAAGAUGUGCAAAACACCGCUGGUCUGGUGCAAUCGCUUCUGUCUUGGCUGCCUAAAAGUCAUACCCUGUCUACUUGGAACCACUCAAAUUCUCGGUAUAUGAGAAUUAUAGAGAAGAUGAAUCAAUGCUUUGAUGAUGAAAGAAAUUUAUCAGCUUUGGAUAAGAUCAGGAUCUUAAGAUAUACGUACUUCGAGAAAUUGGAUACUAAUAUUGGUGCUAUCAUAAAUGAAACCAAGAUAAUGAAUCCUGACGGAUCGCAUAAGUUGAAAUAUUUGAAUUACUUGCAGAAACUUCAAGCACGAAGUGAUAUGAGUUCAAAGAGAUUGAGUGCAACUUUGGAUCAAAUGUCUUUAUCGGACCACGAAAGUUCAUGGAGUAGUACAGGGGACUACCCAAAAUCAGUCAUAUGCGAUCCUAAUCAUUUCAGUAAUAACAUUGACGAUGACCCCUCGAGUAUCAGAAGCCACUUGAAGUCUAAGCAGUUCUGGGCCGAUGUAUAUGAUGAUAUUGAACUCGAAUCAAUGCACAGUUCAAUCAAUUUCUAUGAAAUGCUACCUAGAAAAGAUCAAGUCAGUCAACUCUUUGAGGACUUGAGCGAUUACUUAUUGUUUAACCUAGUGGAACAACCUCAGCAUAAUUCUUAUUAUCUUAAGGACUCUGGCAUCGAAUAUAUAAGGAGAGUAACAAUGGAAUAUCGCACACUAUAUUUGGGAGAGUUUACAAAGCAUCAAAAUGGAUCAUCUCAUUACAUACCAGUAUUUCAAAGUCUCAAGUUUUCAGAUGAGGACAAAAAGUCUCAAGAUAAAAUGAUGCAAUGUUUGAUUGAUAAGGUAAUUGAGAACUUAAGUGGCACCUUGCAUGGACAAAGGAACACAGAAAACUUUAGCUACCUUUUCAAGAUAUGGAGAUCAUUUUUUAAAUAUGUAUUCUGUGAUUUGGUCAUAGAGGAAGAGUUUGAAACAGACGAAAUCGAAUCAGUAAAUAAUGGUAGUAGUAAACAUGAUAGAAGGCAUCAUUCACAAAUCGUCCAACUAGAUUCCACAUCUCUAGUAUCACUCAGAAAUAUGAAGAAGACUAUUUCUCAGAAAAAUAAGCCUACAGCGAAUAAAUCUUCCCUUAGUUCUGGAUGUGACUCGUUUCAGUCAUCGACGAUAAUGAAUAGCCCAUUGGAAGACACCAGAAAUCAAUGCUCUGCAUACAUAGUGCCCCAAACCAUGCAACAAAAUAAUACUGACUCGUCAGAUAUUAACACUAGUUUCCAUGUCCAAAAUUUCAGUACUAAAUCAAAUCACAAAAAAAAGUCUAAGCGUCUGCUUUUUGAUAGGUUUAAAAGGUCGUAA